AAAAAAAAAUUGAAAACAUGUGAAGUGCCGUAGGAUAUUGUUUAAGCGGUACUUUUAAUGUAUAGAUUCAUUCUAUGGGCACCCUCGAUGACUUAGUAAGCAUUCACUGGCCGUUCUAUAGAUUCAACAAAUUUUUGGAUUUCCUAUCUGCAACCAAAAAACACUUGUUUUCUCCUACAAUUCUUCAAUACCAUGGCUGCUGAAUUGGUGGGUGGAGCUUUUCUUUCUUCUUUUCUUCAAGUUCUGUUAGAUCGGAUGGCUUCUCGUGAUGUCAUCGACUUCAUUAGAGGAGAGAGACUCGACCGCCAACUGUUUCAAAAGUUGGAAGCUACCUUGCUGUCAGUCAACGCUUUGCUAGAUGAUGCAGAAGGGAAGCAAAUCGUGAACCACAAUGUAAAGAAGUGGGUGAACGAGCUAAAAGAUGCCGUUUAUGAUGCGGAGGACCUCCUGGAUGAAGUUGCAACUGAAGCUGAAUUCCAAACCAGCAGAACCAGGGUAUGGAAUUUUAUCUCUUCUCUUAAUCCAUUUCAUAAGAGAAUUGAAUCUAAGCUGAAGGACAUACUUGAGAGAGUUGAGUAUCUUGAAAGACAGAAAGAUAUCCUUUCUUUGAGAGAAGGGUUUGGGGAAAAAUAUUUGAGAAAGCUACCAACCACUUCCUUGGGGGAUGAGUCCAGUGUUUAUGGGAGAGCUGAUGAUAAAGAAGCUAUAAUGAAGUUGUUGCUGUCAGAUGAUUCAAGUAGCGAUGGAGUAGGGGUAGUUCCCAUCGUUGGUAUGGGUGGGAUUGGUAAAACCACCCUUGCUCAGAUUGUCUACAAUGAUGACAGCAAGCUGAAGCAACUGUUUAACUUUGACCUCAAAAUAUGGGUUUGUGUUUCAGAAAACUUCGAUGUUUUUCGAGUGGCAAAAGCAAUUCUCGAGGCAGUCACUUCGAGUUGUGAGGUUGGGGAACUUAAUUUGCUUCAAGUUAAGCUGACAGAAUGUUUAAUGGGUAAGAAAUUUCUACUAGUCUUAGACGAUGUUUGGAAUGAAAAUUAUGUCCAUUGGGAGGCCUUAAAGAGACCUUUAACUCAUGGAGCCCAAGGGAGCAAGAUCAUUGUCACAACCCGAAAUGAAAGUGUUGCAUCAAUUAUGGGCACUGUUCCUUCUUAUCAUCUGAAGCAAUUAACAGAUGAACAAUGUUGGCUGCUAUUUUCAAACCAUGCAUUUGGUAAUGCGAUUUCCAGUGUGCAAGUAAAGAAUCUAGAAACCAUCGGUAAAGAAAUUGUGAAAAAAUGUCGUGGCCUACCUUUAGCUGCCAAAACAGUUGGAGGUCUCCUUCGGUCCAAAGGGGAUGUCACAGAAUGGCAUAAUGUGUUAGAAAGCAAUAUGUGGGACUUAUCAUAUGAUGAUGACAAUAUCGUCCCUGCUUUACUACUAAGCUACCAUUAUCUGCCUUCACAUCUAAAGAGAUGCUUUGCAUAUUGUGCUAUGUUCCCAAAGGAUUAUGAUUUUGAAAUUAAGAAUCUGGUCCUGUUGUGGAUGGCUGAAGGAUUAUUGCCGCAACCUAGAGGAAAGAAGAGGCCGGAAGAAGUGGGGGUUGAGUACUUCAACAAUCUACUGUCAAGAUCAUUUUUCCAACAAUCAAGUGGCAAUAGAAAGCACUUUGUUAUGCAUGACCUCAUUCAUGAUUUAGCCAAAUUUGUGUCGAAAGGGUUUUGUUUGAGUUUGGAGGCUAAUAACUCUAAUGAAAUCCCAAAGACGAUUCGUCAUUUUUCAUUUGCAAGAACUGUUUAUGAUGAAUCUCAAAUGUUCAAUGCCUUCCAGGAAACCAAGUGUCUGAGGACCUUCCUACCUCUAAAACCCUUUUUUUGGGUUGAAAUACUACCUUACCGAGUGUAUCAUGAUCUAUUGCCAACAUUAAAUUGCUUACGGGUGUUAUCUUUGUCCAAGUAUGAUAAUAUAACAGAGUUGCCUAGUUCAAUAGGAGACUUGAAACUUCUCCGCUACUUGGAUCUGUCUUUCACUGCAAUUGAGAGACUACCAGAAUCUAUUUGUGCUUUGUAUAAUUUGCUGACACUGUUAUUAGCAGACUGUGGCUCGCUCAAUCAGUUGCCCAACCAAAUGGGAAGACUUACCAACUUACGUCAUCUUGAUAUUAGUGGGACUCUAAGACUAGAAGAGAUGCCAUUACAAAUGAGUAGAUUGACAAAUCUGCAAACGUUAUCUGCUUUUGUUUUGGGGAACCUUACUGGAUCUAGCAUUUCAGAAUUGGGGGAGCUUCAGCAACUUCGAGGUACACUAUCUAUUUUCAAUCUUCAAAAUGUUGUCAAUCCUAGAGAUGCUUUGGAGGCAAAAUUUAAAGACAAAGAGUACCUUGAUGAGUUGAUAUUGAAAUGGAGUGAUCACACUCUUGAUACAUCAACUGAAAGAGAUGUACUGAGCAAGCUUCAACCUCAUACAAACUUGAAAAGGCUAUCCAUUGAAUGCUACGGUGGCACAAAGUUUCCUGAUUGGCUAGGGGAUUGUUCAUUCUCAAAUAUUGUGUCUUUGCGGCUUAGCCAUUGUAAAUACUGCUUCUUCUUACCACCACUUGGGCAACUACCAUCACUCAAAGAGCUUUUUAUCAUUGGGUUUGAUGCAGUUGAGAGAGUCGGACUUGAGUUCUACAGAAACAGUUUAUCUACAGUUAAGCCAUUUAGGUGUCUGAAAUUUUAUGGUUUGAGGGGCUGUUGGAGUGGCAGGAAUGGCUUUCCUUUGAAAAAGAUGCUGAGGAAGGACAUUUCCCAUGUCUUCAAGAACUUCAUAUACGAAAAUGUCCCAAGCUAAGUGGGGUGUUGCCUAACUACCUUCCUUCAUUGAGAAAACUAAUGAUCAUUGAUUGUCAGCAACUCAUGGUUUCACUUCCACAGGCUCCAACCAUCUACGAAUUGCAUUUGGGAUAUUCGGAUAAGGUGCUUUUGAAGAAUAUUCCGCCUGGA